AUGUUUUCUCUGAACACAACCGCAACCCUCCACCACGUAACUCACCUCCCGCGGUCGAUCUCCUUCGCCAGCGCCGUCUCCCAGCUCCACAACCACGAACUCCUCAUCCGUCUCGACCCUGAAUAUGCUUCUCACGAAACGCUCCCCUCGGACCCCUCCACCCCAGCAGCCAAAUGCUACAGAAUCACCGACCACAUGAAUGCGCUUCCCGCAGGUCUGUGGGACACAACUGUCAAGUUUGACGCGCAUAUGACGGAUCUGGAUGAUGGAGUGUUGUGGAUCAUCAAAGCGCCGCUGGGACUAACGCAACGGACCACUUGGAGGUGCUUGAGGACGGACACUUUGGAGGAGGCAGACAGGGCUGAGGGCGUCGAGGACAGUGAAUGGAGUUUAGUGGAGGACGUAGAGAUCAAGGCAAAUAGGAUGUUGGUUGGAACAGUCAAGGGGAAAUGCGAGGAAAACUGGCCAGGAGCACAUGGCAAAUUUUUGAAGCAUUUGAUGGCGGAGGGUGGGGAGACGAAGGCAUAA